AUUGUUGUGAACAUUGUGGCAAUAUGGGAGGAUCUCAAUCGUAUCCCGGGCUCACGCAGGAUAUUUUAGAAGACUACACGACGUUAACUUAUCUGCACCAAGGAGAAAUACUAUAUCUGAUGAAAAAGGUAUAUUCUAUCGAUCCGGAAAAGAUUAAAGCCAACUAUCAUCACAGAUUCAGCAAAGAAGAGAUCCUGAAAAAGUUCGAUGUGCUUAGAAACAACCCAUUCCAAGAUCGUCUGUUCAGAGUGUUUUCCUCCGAAAAGGAUGACCGCUUCUCAUUCGAGGACCUGCUAGACCUGUGCUCGGCCAUGAGCUCCGACUGCCCCGUGGAAGUGAAGGCCGAAUGGGCCUUUAGGGUUUACGACUUAGACGAAGACGGACAAAUAUCUGCUCAGGAUAUAAGCGGAAUAAUAGACAGACUGACUGAGCAUACGAGUAACAAAAACCACUACAUUGAAAUCAGUUCCAAGAAGAAGAUUGCUGACAUUAUACUAAAUGAGCUGAAAUUAGACCACGCAGGAAGUAUGGGCUUGAGCGAAUUCAAAAUAUGCAUGACGAGGAUAUCAGAGUUUCAGACAUCUUUCUAUUUCAGGAUAUAAUUUAUGUCUACAU